AUGUCAUACCAGGAACCUUACGACGAGGACGAAGUCCGCGCCGAGGAAGUCGAGCUUCCGACGGUCUACACCGGCGACGAGUUUGCCGACGAAGAGCUCGACUACAGCCCCGACAGUCAGAACGCCAACUUCACUCAGCAGGAGGUCCAGAUCCCCGAUGUUGUUCGCAACUUCAUUAUCCACUUCCACCGGAAUGUGACUGAGAGGAACACGUGGGAUCUGCACGCUAUCUAUGAGAAUGGCUGGAACAAACUGACGGAGAAGUUCUUCCCGAAGAGCCACUGGCCUGAGCCGGAUGCGGUCGCUACUCUUGUUGAUGAGGAUCCUGUUUUCCUGAUUCUCUACCGCGAGCUGUACUACAGGCACAUCUACUCGAAGCUGACUCCCACCAUCGAAGACCGCAUCGGAUCCUACAGCAACUACUGCGAUCUCUUCAACUACAUCCUCAACUCGUCCGCGGAACCCAGCGACCUCGAGCUCCCCAACCAGUGGUUGUGGGACAUCAUAGACGAGUUCAUCUACCAGUUCCAGGCCUUCUGCAUCUACCGCAGCAAAGUCCAAUCGAAGAGCGAGGUCGAAAUUGAGCUGUUGAAGGAACGCCCGGACGUGUGGAACGUGCACAACGUCUUGAACGUCCUGUACUCCCUGAUCCAAAAGUCGCGCAUCAACGAGCAGCUGCUUGUCAGCAAGAACGGCGGCGACAUGAUGGAGGCCGCCGGCGAGUUUGGAUCCCGCCCGCUGUACCGGUUACUGGGCUACUUCUCCAUCAUCGGUCUCCUCCGCGUUCACUGCCUGUUGGGCGACUACGUGCUGGCCCUGAAGACGAUGGAGAACGUCGAGUUGAACAAGAAGGGUCUCUUUGCGCGCGUCACGGCGUGCCACGUCACGACUUACUACUACGUCGGGUUCGCCUACAUGAUGAUGCGCCGGUACUCGGACGCCAUCAAAGCCUUCGCGCACAUCCUGCUCUUUGUCUCCCGGACAAAGCAGUACCACACCCGCUCGUACCAAUUCGACGCCAUCUCCAAAAAAUCCGAGCAGAUGUACGCCCUCCUCGCCAUGUCCGUCGCCCUGUCCCCGCAACGCGUCGACGAGAACGUUCACACCGCCAUGAGGGAAAAGUACGGCGAGCAGUCUAUCAAGAUGCAGAAGGGCGAAGAGGGUCUCCCCAUCUUCGAGGAGCUGUUCAACUUUGCCUGCCCCAAGUUCAUUUCCCCAGUGCCCCCGGACUACGACGUUGCCACCAACUCUAAUGCCGAGCCCCAGCGUCACCAGUUGCGCGUUUUCAUUGCGGAGGUGCGCACCCAGCUGAUGGUGCCUACCAUUCGAUCGUUCUUGAAGCUGUACACCACGCUUGGAGUGGAGAAGCUGGCGGCGUUCUUGGACUUGCCUGUGGAUGAUGUGCGCACUCAGUUGUUGGUGUUUAAGCAUAAGACGAGGCAACGGCGGUACGAGUCUGGGAGCGUGCUGGAGGGAGAGUUUGGACCUACUACGGAUUUGGACUUUUACUUGAAGCAGGACUUGAUCUACAUUGCGGAGAGCAAGCCCGGACGCCGUGUCGGAGACUGGUUCAUCAGGAACAUCAACAAGUAUGAAGACAUCGCCUCCAACAUGGAAAGGCGUUAA